GCAGCAUUUGCCAUCAUGACCUGGUCCGUCCUCGACGUCGUGACGGCGCGGAUCCCGACGUGGAACUCGCAGCUCGAGAACCAGACCGCCCGCGGUGGCGGCCAGCGCUUCACGAGCUUCCAGAUCACCGUGCAGGGCCGCAGCGCGUCCUGGUCGCUCGCCAAGCGCUACAGCCAAUUCCGCGACCUCCACCUCGGGCUCUGCAAGCGCUACGCGUCUGUGCGCAGCCUGCCGUUCCCGCCCAAGCGCUUCUUCUCGUCGCUCUCGCUGCGUGUCAUUGAGCAGCGACGGCUCGGCCUCGAGGGCUAUGUCCAGAGCCUCUUGGCCAUGCGCCCGCGUCCGCACGAGCUCACGCCGUUCCUUGCGCCCGACGCAGACGACAAUUCUAUGAACGACCCGGCCGGGCGCACGCCGACGUCCGAGAUCGGCUCGACCUUUACGACCCAGCACGCGGCGCUGGACGUGGUUACGCCACCGAUCGACUUGUACCUCGACACGUCGUUCGACCCAAGUCGCAAGUGGUCGGUCGCCGACUUUGACAUCCUCAAGGUGCUUGGGAAAGGGUCGUUUGGCAAGGUGUACCUUGUUCGCACGCGCGACGAUAAGAACACGCUGUACGCGAUGAAGGUGCUCAAGAAGACGGAGCUCAUCCAGCGCCACCAAGUGGACCACACGAUGACGGAGCGCGAGGUCAUGAGCGCGCUCAAGCACCCGUUCAUCGUCGCGCUGCGCUGCUCGUUCCAAACCGAGUCGACGCUCUUCAUGGUCUCAGACUACUGCUGCGGCGGCGAGAUCUUCUUUCACCUCAAGAAAUUCCGCGCCUUCUCCGAGUCCAUGGUGCGCUUCUACGCCGCCGAGCUCAUCUCGGCCCUCGGAUACCUGCACUCGAAGAACAUUGUGUACCGCGACCUCAAGCCCGAGAACGUCCUCCUCGACGCCGACGGCCACUUGCGCCUCACCGACUUUGGCCUCUCCAAGAAGCAGGUCACGAGCACGUCCGGCGCGCGCACGUUUUGCGGUACGCCCGAGUACCUCGCGCCCGAGAUGCUCCUCAGUCGCAAGCACAAGUCGAUGUACGGCAGCGCGAUCGACUGGUGGAGCCUCGGCACGCUUCUCUACGAGAUGCUCACGGGCUGGCCGCCGUACUUUGACCGCGACGUGCAAAAGAUGUGUGAAAACAUUCUGAUUGCUCCGCUGGCCUUUCCCGCGCGCUUUGGUAUUUCGUCGGCGGCCAAGUCGCUCAUCCGCGGUCUCCUCGAACGGGACCCGACGAAGCGGCUGCAAGCGCCGGCGCUCAAGGCCCACCCGUUCUUCCAGGGCCUCGACUGGAAAGCGCUGGAAGAGAAGCGGCUCAAGCCGCCGUUCAAGCCGCGCCUCCAAAGCCCGACGGACCUUCAGAACUUUGACAAGGAGUUCACCAAGGACGCCGUGCCCAACCUCGUCAACGAGGAGACGUCGAGUACGAGCGUGGAAGACGAGUUUUACGGCUUCUCGUUCACGUACCACCACCAAGCCAGCCCAAUGCUGACCGAGAGCGACAUGCUGCGCCUCCGCCGGAACCACUCGAUCGUCUAGGCUACCGCGUGGUCACAGUGGAGGCGUAUUUAACUCUGUAGAUAUCAUGCCCAA